AUUGUAAUAAAGAGUGUCUAAUACUGUCUAAUACUGGAAACGACUACAACUUUGUCACAAUUGUGUGCAUUGUGUUGAAUACGAGUCGUAUUAUACGACAAUUAAAUGCCUAUAAAAGUAUGUAAUCAAGUGAUCAUUGAAUGGACAGUUUAGUGAUGAUUGGAUGCCAUCUAUGAGUGACACAUACAGUGAGUCUCAGCUGACAUUCAAAUGAGACAAUUGUUCACAAGUGAAGUGUAAACAAAACAAAAGACUUUUGUAGUGACUAUUGUUUUGAUAGUAUUUUUCCCUCCGUCGCAUUGUCUUUCAUUCAAGUGUCGUAUGAUUUGACGCAAUUUGGGACCAAUUGGUGACCUCCAGCCAAAUGAUUGGACACUAUUUGUCUCGUCUUAUUAUACUACUCUUCGGGACUUUAUUUCCCGCGUAUUCUUCGUAUAAAGCCGUCAAAAACAGAGACGUCAGGGAAUAUUCUCGAUGGAUGAUGUAUUGGAUUGUUUUCGCCAUCUUCUCAUUCGCUGAAGUAUUCACUGAUGUAUUCAUUGGAUUUUGGCUUCCCUUCUAUUAUGAGUUCAAAAUAGUGUUCAUUCUUUGGCUGAUGUCUCCCUAUGGCAACGGAUCCAAGAUUUUGUAUCUGCAUCUCGUUCACCCACAACUCAUAAGCCAUGAACAGAUACAAGCAAUUGUUUUGAAUCAAAUGCAACGAAAUACGACUGCAGUGGACGGACCACCCGUUCAUGCCAUUCAGACUCAGCAACUCUUAAGUCAACCCAAUUUUAUACAACAAUUUCUAUUCAUGAGAUCUCCUCCCAAACCGAAUGCCACUCAAUCCCCAGACAGUAUCCAAGCAGUCAACACAAGUUCGUCCGAAAGUGCGACUAUACCUUCAAAUCCAAUAUCUCAGCGAUGGUUCUCAGAAGAGGUGCUAAACAUCACUGAACUUAACGAUGAGUUCAAACCAUUGCCGUAUGCAUUGAGUCCACGAAUGCGCUCAGAGUCUGAAUCAAAUCUCGACGAUUGGGAACAAAUGGAUGUCAAUGAAGUGGACUCUAAACCACCUCAACAUCCGUCUAAAGGACGCAAGAAAACCAAAAGUAAGGCUUCCGUGAGUUGUGAGAAAGCCGUGCGACGGACGCCCAGAGCCGCCGCCCUUAAGGCCAGAGCCAAAUGCAAAGAAGAGGACAGUUUUCCAGAAGAGUAUUAACAUAACUGUAAGCUUAAAGUGAAUAUGGAUUUCAAGC